UUUUCAAGCUGUGUGGCAAACACUCUUAACAACAUCUCAACUCUCUCGCACUUUUACGGUAUGCUCUUUCCUUUUUACUAAAGCAGUAUAAUAAGCAAGAAUGAGUAAUUUUGACGGUGGCAGAAACGGUCCUGAUUAUGAAAGAAAUGGGGAAAGAGAUCAUGAUUAUGAUGGUCCUCCUGGCAUGGAUGCCAAUGGUAUCAUCGAAAGCAACUGGGAAGAAGUUGUCGAUAGUUUCGAUAACAUGAAUUUAAAUGAAGAUCUUCUUCGUGGUAUUUAUGCUUAUGGUUUUGAAAAGCCCUCUGCUAUUCAACAAAGAGCUAUUAUUCCAUGUGUUAAAGGUUUGGAUGUUAUUGCUCAAGCCCAGUCUGGAACUGGCAAGACAGCAACCUUCUCCAUAGCUAUCUUACAGCAGUUGAAUCCUAAUAAUAGGGAAACUCAGGCAUUAAUCUUAGCCCCAACCAGAGAAUUGGCUCAACAGAUUCAAAAAGUUGUUAUUGCAUUAGGUGACUAUAUGGGAGCACAGUGUCAUGCUUGUAUAGGUGGCACAAAUGUUAGAGAGGACAUUAGAAAGCUUGAAAUGGGUGUACACGUUGUUGUUGGUACACCUGGUCGAGUAUAUGAUAUGAUAAACAGAAAAGCUCUAAGAACGGAGCACAUAAGGAUGUUUGUACUAGAUGAAGCUGAUGAGAUGUUGUCUAGAGGGUUUAAAGAUCAAAUUUAUGAUGUAUUUCGAAUGCUUAAUUCUAACAUCCAGGUUAUACUGCUGUCUGCUACGAUGCCUGCAGAUGUCCUGGAAGUAACAAAACAGUUCAUGCGAGACCCUAUUCGCAUCUUAGUCAAGAAAGAAGAGCUUACUCUUGAGGGUAUUAAGCAGUUCUAUAUAGCUGUAGACAGAGAAGAGUGGAAGCUUGACACGUUAUGUGAUUUGUAUGAAACUUUAACAAUUACUCAAGCUGUUAUCUUUUGUAAUACGAGGAGGAAAGUAGAUUGGUUGACUGAUAAAAUGCGAAGCAAGGACUUCACUGUGUCUGCUUUGCAUGGAGAUAUGGAUCAAAAAGAACGAGAUAUCAUUAUGCGUGAAUUUCGAUCAGGAUCCAGUCGAGUUCUGAUUACUACUGAUAUCUUGGCCAGAGGUAUUGAUGUACAGCAAGUAUCUUUGGUUAUUAACUAUGAUCUUCCAACCAAUAGGGAAAACUACAUUCACAGGAUUGGACGAGGUGGUCGAUUUGGUCGUAAAGGUGUGGCCAUUAAUUUCAUUACUGAAGAUGACAAAAGAUCUCUUCGUGACAUAGAACAAUUUUAUAACACCCAAAUAGAAGAAAUGCCUUUGAAUGUAGCAGAUUUAAUCUGAGGUUAAUUCACUUUAGUGUAUGAAAGUUGGGUGCAUGCUUGCUGUGCUCAAAAAUCUGAAUCAUGAUUAGAAUGUUAACUUGGAAUAAGAAGAAAACAAAAUUAAAAUGAAUUUUUUUGAGCUGUUUCUAUGAACUCUUUAACUUUUUCAAUUCAUUUGACUUUGAAACUCUGCAAUUGUGGAACAUCAUGGAUGUUUAAUGGUUAACUAUUAGAAAUUUACAAGUUCUGUGUUUUUAAUUUAAUUUGUUCCUCAUCAACACAGUUUCGAAGUUUAAACCAAGACUUUCAGACAGGAGUAUCAUAUUUAUUUCUUGACAGUCUGUAUUACCCAAUUGAGGCAGCAAAAAUCUACUUUUCUUUCUACCUUCUGAAAGCAUCAUCAGUUCCAGAUGUACUCAAUUUGAUACAAUGUUUAUAACGUGAUUAUUGGGGGUAUUAUUACUUAAUACAGUUCUGUUCUUAAUGCUAGUUCUUUUUUUGUUCUCCCCAUUUGGUGCCUGUUCUCUGCUGUGGGCUGAGUAUUUACAGUGCAGAAAGAUACAGUAAUCAGUAUAAAGUUAAGUGCAUUUUUCCUUUGUAAAGUCGGAAUCUGUAUCAAAGAAUUGAUUAAAUAUUUUUUAUUUAUAUCUAAA